AAAUGUGCUGGCCACUUGCUUGCUCAGUGGAUUUGGAAGCAAUGCAAGAUUUAUGCUGAUCUUAUUGAUCAGUCUGGGGUUUAAUAAUUUUUUAUUUUGAAAAGAUAACGUAUCAAAAGAUUGCAAGGCAGAUCUAGAGUUAAGGAUAACACAGGCUAUAUUUUAUAAAAAUGAUUUGUAAGAGAAAGAUGAUAAUCAGAGGCAAUCAUUUAAAAUCAAGUUUCAAGGUUAGGGCUGUUUUUUGUAACAUUCCUCAGGUCAUAGAAAUACUGCCUUAACAUACUAUUUUUGCUAAGUUUUAAUAAAUGCAAUCUUACAGUGCAAGUAAAAGCGCUUUUGAAAAAGUGUAUGCUAUAAAAUGGAAUUCAAUAAUUUAAAAGAAAUAGCUUGUAACAGCUUGAUUAAACACCAGUUAGUGCUUUGCUUUCAUUCUCUUAUGUUUCAGAACAUUCUUGUUUCACUUGUUUUCCAGGAACAGUGGAGUUGACUUUUUAACACAAACCAAGUAAAAUAAGCUUCAAAAACCCAAAUCUCUUUAGACUUCUUUUUACUGCCAACUGCAGUGAAGAAACAAAUAUCAUUCUUUUCCUUUUGAUCAUCACUGUCAAAAGUGAAGUCAAGAUUCCUCUUUUUUGAGUCUGAACAGGUAGGCUAUGGAUUGCUGGAAGGGAGCCGUAGGUCACAGCUGGAUUUAUCCCACUCUGAUCAUCUGUGCAAAUGGAUUUUUCUCCACAAUGAGGCCAUCGGAAUCUUUUCUCACUCCUUAUCUAACCGGACCAGACAAAAACCUAACAAUUGAAGAGGUUACCAACCAGAUUUUCCCAGUUUGGACAUACUCCUACCUCGCACUCCUUUUCCCAGUCUUCCUGAUUACAGACUACGUGCGCUACAAGCCCGUCCUCCUCCUCCAGGGCGUCAGCUUCAUCGUCACAUGGCUCUUGCUCCUCUUCGCACACGGACUGGUGGCCAUGCAGGUGGUGGAAUUCUUCUACGGGAUGGUGACAGCCACCGAGGUUGCCUAUUACGCCUACAUCUACAGUGUCGUCAGCACCGAUCACUAUCAGAGAGUGACGAGCUAUUGCAGAAGUAUCACUCUGGUUGCAGCCACCGUUGCCGCCGUCCUGGGACAGCUGCUGGUUUCCUUAGCAGAUGUAUCCUACUUCCACCUUAAUGCCAUUACGUUGGCUUCCGUGUCCCUGGCAUUCGUGUGCUCCUUUUUCCUCCCAAUGCCUCAAAAGAGCAUGUUCUUCCACCGGAAAGAUGCCUCAGAAACUCCCCCAGGACCAGAUAAAGUUGUGGCUACGCUCGGCUCCGACAGCCCGUGGGGCUCCCAAGAGGACAAGAGCUCUGUGUCUGCUGACAGGGGACCAACUCCUGAACCGCAGGCUGACAACGCCAAGCCCCAGCAUCACGUGCUCAGAGUGCUGGUGCAGCUGAGCAAGGACUUGAGGGAUUGCUACAGCUCGAGGAAACUUCUGUACUGGUCUCUGUGGUGGGCUCUGGCUACAGCAGGCUUUAACCAGGUCCUGAAUUACAUCCAGGUGCUGUGGGACUUCAGAGCCCCCUCUCACAGCUCAGCGGUGUACAACGGAGCUGUUGAAGCAAUUGCGACUUUUUUAGGUUCAGCAACAGCCAUGGCAGUUGGAUAUGUCAAAGUAAACUGGGAUCUUUCUGGAGAACUGGCUUUGGGAAUUUUCUCUGCAAUGGAUGCUGGUUCUCUGUUUCUCAUGCACUUUACUGACAACAUCUGGGCAUGUUAUGCUGGUUACCUUGCAUUUAAAGCAUGCUAUAUGCUCCUUAUAACAAUAGCAACGUUCCAGAUUGCUGUCAAUCUAAGCAUGGAGCGUUACGCUUUGAUGUUUGGCUUCAACAACUUUGUUGCACUGGUGAUUCAGACAGUUUUAACUGUUGUUGUUGUAGAUUCAAGAGGUCUGGGACUGGGUAUCAGCACCCAGUUUCUCAUUUAUGGCAGCUACUUUGCAUUCAUCGCUGGAAUCUUCCUGAUCAGAAGCACAUACACCAUUAUCUCCAUCAAAUGCAGAAACACCAGUGUGGCUGGUGAAAACACUCAUCAUUAGCAACAGAGACAAAAAGAAUGGUUGCAAGCAACUGUGCUGAAGGCUGCAUCACCUGAACAAUUAAUUAGGAGAAACAUAAUGUCCGAUCAAGCAAGACCAGUCAAUGGUGAAACCGGCUGUUUAUAAGCCUACAGCAUCAAGAGCUUUGUCAACAGGAUGAUGUGUUUUGCCCACUUUCUUCACUAGUAAUUUACUACCAAAAAAUCCUCAAUCUAUUUCAACUCAAAUUUAGUGAUCUGACACCAAAACUUCUAUUAAUGCUCAACGAGCACACCAAGCAAGUACAUACCAGAUGCUUGAACCUCAUGACAGAAGAGCUUAGAGAACACAGCCUUUGAACUGUCCCUUCUACCCGGGAUUUCAAUUAAAGGCAAUUUAGUCAUAGACAUAAGACCUUCAAACAUUCCCAGGGAAUCUAAAGAAGCAGUUGCCCCAUAGCAGCAAGAUGAUCUGUGGGAAGAUUGCCACAGAAGUCUUUUGAAGACUUAAAGACUUUUUCAACUGGAAGUUAAUGACGUGCAUUUUUAAAGCAAGUUAACGAAUAGCAAUAAAGCAGGUGGUUUUUUCCCAACAGACACUACUUCUCUAUGUUCAGAGGUGGGUUACCACCAUGCUAUAUAGACAGCAGUACGGCCACUUUAGUUUACAAAUGGCCAAAUGCAGUCAUUUCUGAUUCCACGCAGACAACACGCUCCUCGGAAGUCUGAAGUUACAGGACGGUAAGGAAAACAUGUCAUUAUACACAGAUCAACUGCUACUGAUGCAGGGACAGCUCUACUGCAAGCCUGGGGAAGACGUAUGAACACAACACACUAACCGUCCCUUUGAGUGUCUGUCUUGAUAAGCAUAUGCAGUAAUCACGUCUGACAACUGCCAUGACCCACACACACUUCUCUUUGCAAGCAAAGAAACUCCUGAACUAACUUAUUUUUAAGCCAUGGGGAGACACUUCAAUUUCUAUACAAGGCAGUCUUACUUAAGUAACACACCUAAAAGUUUAGAUAUAACUAAAGAUAAUUAGGGAAUGUUCUUCCACCUGUGCUCAAUAAUGUCCACUUUGGAGUCAAUCAUAUGAUACAGCAGCAAAUUCCAUUGUGUUCCUUUACCACAAUUUACAGAUGUGCCAAGUCAGAAGUAACUGGUGUUUCCCCCAGUACAGCUCACAAGAAAGUAAGAAUCAUUAAUUCCUUUAAAAAUACUUUUAAAAUCGGCUUGAGCUUGCCUUUAUGCCCCAGUAAGUUUUCCCUUCAAGAGCAGAAUACUUGCAUCAUACUUAGUCGGAAUUACUGAAAGAACUAAAUUUGGUCCUUUUUAAAUUAAUUUCUUGCCUCAGCAUUUGUUUCAGCAAUGCUUGGGAGUUUGCAGCCAUUAAGUAACUCUGAACUGCAGAACCUGGGCAUCACAUCUGCCUUGCAGACAUACCUCUUGCAGCAUCUCCUUACACAAUUAAGAGCUGACAUAUUAGGAUUACAAGUAUUAAUCUAGAAGGUCUCCAAAUAAAUUUAAGAGGGCUAAAGUUAUCAAGUGCUUCGAUGCUAAAGCAGAAGAGGAUACUGAAAAGCUAGUACAGAAGUAGUAUAGCUUUUUGGAAACUAUGCUAGUUGCAUGAACAACUGCAGAGAUUUCUAAGACAAAAACAUUUAUAAUCAUGGGUGAAUAAUUCAUUUUGUAAAUAUAGCUAUUUUUAAAAUCUAAUCACCAGAACAGCUAUGGUGUCAGUUUCUGCUCAAUAUAAAAAGAGACUCCAAACAACACAAGAUCUUCAGCUACUUGUCUGGAGUUCAACAAAAUUCAAAUUAGUGAGCAUACACUAAACAGAUGUGGCUGUGUACAGUAAAAGUUGCCAACCUUUUAUCUGCAUUCAAGCUAGUUAUGAAAAAUAACGUAUUCCACUAUUUCUGCAGCAUCAUCUAAAACUACAUGCCUUGCAUACUUAAAUACAUUUCAGUAUCUCUUAGCAGUAAUCAGCUUCAUUUGGAUCAGAACAACAAUUUCAAUAGAUGCUGAUCUCAUUAGCCCUUGCCCAAAGCUUAAUUUGCAUCAGUUUAGGUGAAGAGAGCACAGGAUUGUUCCCCUUCCACAAGACCAUUCACCUCAUCAAUGAGACACAUGGCUGAUGUGGUCCAGUUCCCUGCAAUAAGCAUAUUUCAGUGUUCCACGACUCCUUCCAAAUCCUUGCAGUUCCCCACUCUACCACAUUUCUGUGUUACCAUCCCAAAACAGGUAAGGUCAACAACAAGGAAGAACUACAACUAUUUAUACUAUGCUAAAAACCAGCAAUGAGAGCAAGGGCAUCAUUAACAUCCUGGAAACCCUCAAUUGCUGGGGAUUUCUUUAGUGAUUUUCCCCAAAAAUCUUGGUAAUCAAACUAUACACCACACUCUAUCCAGCAGUCCUCAUCAGAAAAGACAGACUUCAGUCUGGUUUAGCUUUAAAGAUGCCAACAGGAGAAAACCAAACAUUUAAACGAGGAAUCCUGCUAUGACCAACUUACUGUAUAAGCUGCCUGUCCCCUGCUUUGGGAUCUCCAAAGCUUCAGAAAGAUACAGAAAUUAUUACCCCGCCGUGGGCAGGCAUCAGAAGUCAAAAGCACUGGCAUAAGAGAGUUUUUUAAGCAGUGGUCAAGUUUGGCAGCUCCCCUAGAAAUAAGCAGCUUCAGGCAGGCAAGUGAAAUGUCUUACCUUCACGAAUUUUUGCAUUCAUCUCAAAUGGGCUUGCACAUCCUUUUCUCAAAAAUCAAUCUGAUCUUAUUUAUUCCUGUUAUCUUGAAAGCUGUUAGAAAUUUAUUCUCCAGCUGGUGAGAAACCUUUUAAGCUUGCAGUUUAUGUAUUCGUGAUAUGUUUACAUUAUUUACUUUGUUCCAGUAAUACACUUGAACUUAAGCCAAGUUCUCUGUGUUUAAUACACCAUCACCAACUCCUCUGAUGCAGAGUUGUAUUUCUCCUGAAACUUCUUACUAUUACAGGCUAGACAAGCCAGACAUUUUUUCCCCUCUACAAAUUCCAUUCUAGUAUGGCAGGAAACAUUCCAGUAAAUAAAAUAAUCAAUGAAUUUAAUAUUCCACAGGAGGUCUUACUAAUAUAUCAAUUUUUAAUAAAAAGAGUGCUAUUAUUUCUGUGGGUACCUUGGCCUGCUUUUACACAUACUGUUCUGAUCACAGCUAAGCCUUGUUCAAAGACUGUCCUUAACUACCCACAAUUAUGUGUCUUUUGCAGCUAACCACCUCGAGUAACUACCCUCCUCAGUGCUUCCAGUGUCCGUCCUUACACAGCUAUUCUGUCAAAAUAAUCCAAGUUCACUUAACAUUUUCCUGUCUGAUAUGUCACUUCAGCUACAACAGCAAGCUUAAUCACAAGGACACAAACUAUUGCGAGGCAUGCAAAAAUUUUAAGCUUAACUCACCUUUAAGCAUAUUGCUUUUGAUAACUCAUCUGUGUGAGAAUAUGUACAUUUUAACCCAAUAAAAUGUUACUGCACAGAAAUAAUGCUACACAAUUGUUUUUUCUAGUAUUUAUUUUUUUCACCUGCAAACUGUAGCAAAACAUGA